CAAGGAACGGUCCGGGGCACCGCUUUCAAAGUCGCAGGGCGGGCCGAGCGGACUCGGCGGCGGCUCGGGCUUCCCCGCGGUCGUGGCGUCGCCCCUCAGCCCCGCGGGGACGCGGCGGCCGAGCCCGGCGGUGCCCACGUCGCCCUCCGGCCGCCCCGCCGCCCCUUCCCCCGCCCGGGUCCGGCCGAGCGAGCGGACUCUGACGCGCGUCGCCUGCCUUCGGCGGAGCUGCGGGCCGGGCUGCGCCGCCGCGUGAGUGGGAUGCUGAUGCCUCCGCGCCAGGGCUCGGCUGCCCCGGCGACCCCUUAGCUUUUCCUUUGCCCUCACAGUGGGGUGGGGGCUGUUUUUUAUGUUUGUUUAAAAAAAAAAAAUCUUACUCUCCUCCCCACCCCCGCGAGGAAUCGAUAAAGGUGAUGAAAACUCCAAAGUAAAAUCUCGAAAUGGCCACAGAAUUCGACUUACUGAGAGACCAAAAUGAUAACCUAAAUCAUAUUCUUAGGCAGUAUCAAAUUGAACAUAUUUUCCAAGACCCAACUGUGCAGACCAGCAUGUCCAAAGAUGGCAGAGGUGACAUACUAGUAAACUCAAUUGAUGACCAAAGUUGUUUACCUCCUCUUAUUGCUGAGUAUGAGAAACAUCUGGAAGAACUAAGCAGACAGCUGACCUGUUACCAGAAACACAUGGGCGAGAUGAAACUACAGCUUGAAACUGUCGUCACUGAAAAUGAAAGGUUGCACAGUAAAUUAAAAGAUGCCGUUGAAAAGCAAUUGGAAGCCCUUCCCUUUGGCACAGGGAUAGGAAAUGACAUCUGUGCAGAUGAUGAAACCGUGAGGAACCUUCAGGAACAAUUGCAACUAGCCAAUCAAGAGAAAACGUGGGCUCUGGAACUCUGGCAGACUGCUUCUCAGGAGCUGGAGAGUGUACGGAAACUUUACCAGGAGCAUAUGACUGAAGCCCAGAUCCAUGUCUUUGAAAAUCAAAAACAAAAGGAUCAGCUGAAUAAUUUUCAACAACUAACCAAGAAACUUCAUGUUGCUAAUGAGAACAUAGAAAUGACUAACCAACACUUCCUGAAAACGGUAACUGAACAAAACAUGGAGAUCGAGAAACUUCGAAAACAUCUUAGGCAAGCCAAGUUAGAUCUGAGAGUUGCAGUCACGAAAGUGGAAGAGUUAACUAAAGUGACUGAAGGUCUUCAAGAACAGAUGCUGAAGAAGGAGGAAGAUAUUAUGUCUGCCCAGGGAAAAGAGGAAGCAUCGGAUAGACGAGUUCAACAGUUACAAUCAAGUAUAAAACAGUUAGAGUCAAGACUGUGUAUAGCUAUUCAAGAAGCCAACGUACUAAAAACAGGGAAAACACAUUUGGAAAAGCAGAUCAAAGAGCUACAAGCAAAGUGUAAUGAAUCAGAAAAUGAGAAAUAUGAGGCUAUUUCAAGAGCCAGAGAUAGCAUGCAACUCUUGGAAGAAGCUAACCUUAAAAAGAAUCAGAUUCUGCUUGAAGAGAAGCAAAAAGAAGAUGACAGAGAGAAAAUGAAGAAAACAAUUUCCCAGCUUAUACAAGAUGCUGCCGUAAAAGCAAGGAAAGAAGUUGAAAGCACAAAGAAACAAUAUGAAGUACUGAUUUCACAAUUAAGGGAAGAACUUUCAGCUCUUCAGUUGGACUGUGAUGAAAAGCAAGGUCAAAUCGAUCGAGCCAUUAGAGGGAAAAGAGCUGUGGAAGAAGAACUCGAGAAGAUUUACCGUGAAGGCAAACAGGAUGAAGGUGAUUACAGAAAACUGGAAGAAAUGCACCAAAGAUGUCUUGCUGCAGAGCGUUCAAAAGAUGAUCUUCAGCUAAGACUAAAGAGUGCAGAAAAUAGAAUAAAACAACUUGAAAUUAAUUCCUCAGAAGAAAUAUCACGUUCCCAUGAAAUGAUCCAGAAACUUCAAACUGUACUUGAGUCUGAGAGGGAGAACUGUGGCUUUGUCAGUGAGCAAAGGCUGAAGCUUCAGCAAGAAAAUGAGCAGCUGCAGAAGGAGACUGAGGAUUUGAGAAGAGUUGCUCUGGAUGCUCAAAAAAAAGCAAAAUUAAAGGUCAGUACAAUGGAGCAUCAGUUCUCAAUAAAGGAGCAUGGGUUUGAAGUUCAGUUGAGAGAGAUGGAGGACAGUAAUCGGAAUGCUAUUGUUGAACUGAGACAUCUAUUGGCAGUUCAACAAAAGGCAGCCAAUAGAUGGAAAGAAGAAACAAAGAAACUUACCGAAAGUGCAGAAAUGAGGAUCAGCAAUCUAAAGAGUGAGCUGAGUCGACAGAAACUUCAUACCCAAGAGCUACUUUCUCAGCUGGAAAUGGCAAAUGAAAAGGUAGCUGAGAAUGAAAAGUUAAUUCUGGAGCAUCAAGAAAAAGCCAACAGACUUCAGAGACGUCUAAGUCAGGCCGAAGAAAGAGCUGCGUCAGCAUCCCAGCAGCUCAGUGUGAUUACAGUGCAGAGAAGAAAAGCAGCCUCCAUGAUGAAUCUGGAAAAUAUUUAAACAUAUUCAUAGCUCACUGACAGAACUGUAGAGUGGGAAAAGCUGUUGUACCAAAGCGUAUUGACAUGGAGAAGCCUGCGGAGAAUGGUGAAAGCUUGUGUCACUUUGCAUAAGCAUUUUCCAUUCUGUUUUGAAGGUUACUGGAAAACAGAACAGUGACAGCUUCCUGUAAGUAAAAAAUAUAUAAUCCUAUAUUUGAGAUUCAGUGGAGAAUAAAGCCAGCUGAGAAGAACACACUGCCUUUAUCAAUGUGUCUAUUUUUAAUUCCCUUUUUUUCCUUUGGGAGAAUAUAAUAUUUUCAAAAGAGGUUUAA